ACUGAAAGCCUCAUACUGGAACGUCUACUACAGCCUGUUAUCCUCCGUCGUCAUCAAUAGUCAUUUCGGUAGUGCCAUAGCCUUCUUCUCCAGGCUCAUCUCGAUCUCUCUGAUCCUCGGGCUCUAACCGCACACUUCAACUUCUACUUCAUCAUCACGAACAUCAUUUCGUAUCAUAUCAUCAUAUCCCGUUGCCAGAGUCCUUUCUGCGUCAUCUUUUCUUAGGAUCUUGUCUCAAAUCAUCGAUUCAUAGCUUCACCGCUGCACACAUCACCAUAUCAUUAUUGGCCAUUUCAUAGCUUCUCCGGAUUACCCUUUGUCUUUGAUCAUCCCUUGAUUCAUACUUCAUAAUUGUUAAUUGAUAAUUCAUAACUUCUUCGUAAUAUCCGAACACCCAUCAUUAUGACAAGAGAUUUGUUGCCGCCUGCUCCCAAAUCAAGACACCCCGUAGUGCCCCCACAUCGGGACCGUCUCAGAAAUGGGCGCUACAACAGAUGUUUCCAAAACUACUACCAUCUGUACCAGUACUUAACGACCAACCCCUACUACAUCCCCAGCGUCCGCCCGCUGGUCAACCACUGGCAGCUUCGGGACCUCCUUAAAUACGACGCACCCUCCAACGUCGUCUAUUACACCAAAAACGACUCUAUUAAUAAGUUGGACAUGCUGCUGUUUGUGCUGUCGAGUCACGUCAACCUCCACUACUACCCCCGCUGCUACUCCCAUGCUCCCAACGGGGUAGUCGUCACGGGCGGCUUGCUCACGAAUAGCAGCAAGUUGUUUCUGAUGAAUAUCGAUAAUUUGCUGCUUCUGGCACUGCCCCAACCUGCUGGAACUCCACGGAAAAUCUCCAAGGGUUUGUUUCUGUUCUACAACCCCGAACUUGAUGUAGCCAAAACCGUCCGUUUGGGCGAGAUGAUCAACAACGACGUCGCCGUUUACCCAGAUUCCAACAGCAGCUACAGGGCAUAUGUCUGCAAUAAUGACUCCAAUUUGUACUGUGUAGAUAUUCCCAAUAAUGAUGGCUUCCGAAUUGUGAAUCGAAUCAACUGUGAAAUCAACACUUGUUUGAACAAUGUCGUUAGAUCUCCAACCAACGACAAGCUACUUGCGGUAACCGGCGAUUCACUGUCAAUAUUUUUGCUUGACCCCACGGCUCUGAAUCCCAACGUUCGCACAAUCAAAAGUGGCCACGAGUCAGGCUUUGGAAUAGCUUACCAUCCCAAUGGUAAUUUGCUCUCUACAGUUUUUCAGGAUGGUACCUGUUUGCUAUACGAUCUCAGAAAUAUUUCCUACAACAAACCAUUGAUCGAGAUCAAGCUGACGAGACCUGGCCACCAGCUGGGAGCAUUCCGGGUAUGUAAGUUCCUGCCAGCAUACGACGUGAACGAUAUGCUCAUCAUUCUGGAACACGUAGGCAGAGUUCAUUUGGUGGAUUUGCGCCAUUUGGACUACUCAAACGUAGAUGACCAUCAGGUUAUGGUCGUUCCCUAUGCCUUGGACCAAUAUGGUGAGUAUAAGGGAGGAUUCGACAAGUACAAUGCGAAAAUGGCAGCCAUCAAUGCAGACAAAGAAGAAAACGAAAAUGAAGACAAUCAAAGCAGUAAGAAUAAUGAUACUAAUAAUGAUAGUGAAAAUAGUAGUAUCAAUUCUUCAAAGUCGAUCCAUAAGCCUGUUGAUAUCUAUUGUAAUUCUGAUUCGAAGCUGGCUCAGUUCUCCUCGUUCACGUCUCCCUUGGUGUUUGACUAUGACUACUUGACCAACACCAAUGACAAGUUGUUCAAGGACUUUGUGUACACGCCUCCGCCACAACCCUCGCCUCCACUGAAGGACCACUACCUUCUUCCACCCAAGUUCAACUAUCCUCAAUGGGAUAAUCCUCUCAUUUCUAGUAGUCCUUGUAACAAUCCUCUUCAGCAGUCGGAUUUCGACGAUACCAACCCAGAUAUCGAUGCUCAGUUGAACUACGUCUACAGCACAAUGAGCGGCGGUGGCACUUUCGCAUCUGGUUCUGGUUCCCGUGGAUCAGCAUCCACAGCACGCUCCUCACAGCCCACGCUCACGGAUACUUAUUCCCAUUAUACCAACUACUGCGACGAUUCAUACCAACAGCAGAUCAACCAUAUCCAUGGCGAGAUGGAGCUUUCCGGGAUCGAGUUCUGCACUCCCAGAUUGGCCAACGAGAGCUACAUCUUAAUUGGAUGCCAGGAUGCUGGAGUAGUGAUGUGGGGAAUCAACGGUGCGGCCAGAAGAAGCUUCGGCAGCUAUGGAUAUGUCUGA